GAUGGACAGGGUUGUUUAUUGGGGUUGCACAAUAGCUCACUGCGUGGCCGUGCUGGUUUGGAGACAAGAGUAGCCUGAAGUGUGGAAGAAUCCUCACGAACCGGCCUUGGUGAAAAUGGCGUUGAACCUUACCAUCAACUCCAGCAAUCCACCCUUAGGAGCGCUGUUGACUGCUGAACAUGUGAAGGGCACCGUUAGCGUGUCAGUGGAGGAGGGCAAAGACAACAAGCUACGUGUGUCUGAGGAGGUGCAGUUCAGCGAUGUGAACUCCAUCACCCGCUACCUUGCCAGGGUGGCUCCUAGCCUGGGCCUGUACGGCUCCAACAUGCUGGAGCAGACGGAGGUGGACCACUGGCUGGAGUACAGUGCUCGUCGUGUGUGUGGUCAGUCCAACCUGACCCCCGCCCUGGCAGAGCUGGACAUGGCCCUGGCGCUCAGGACCUUCCUGGUGGGCCACAGCCUCACGCUGGCUGACCUCUGCGUAUGGGCGGCUCUUAAGGGAAGUGGCGAAUGUCAGGCUAUCAUGGCCAAGACAGGGUCUUUCCCUCAUGUGUGUCGCUGGUUUUCCUUCCUGAGCUCACAAGUUCCCUUCGUCUCUGUGGGCAACAAGUGGGCCACCACCAAAAUGGCCGCAGGCAAAGCUACAGAUGAGAAAGAGAAGAAAGCUGAUGUGGGGAAGUUUGUGGAGCUGCCGGGGGCUGAGAUGGGAAAGGUUGUAGUUCGGUUUCCUCCUGAAGCCAGCGGGUACCUGCACAUCGGCCACGCUAAAGCGGCACUGCUGAACCAGCACUACCAGCUGUCCUUCAAAGGCAAACUCAUCAUGCGCUUCGACGACACCAACCCUGAGAAGGAGAAGGAGGACUUUGAGAAGGUGAUCCUGGAGGAUGUGGCCAUGCUGCAGAUCAAGCCAGACCAGUUCACCUACACCAGUGACCACUUCCCUGCCAUCCAGAAGCUGGCGGAAGGGAUGCUGAAGGAGGGCAAGGCCUACAUCGACGACACGCCCCCGGAGCAGAUGAAGCUGGAACGCGAGCAGAGGGUCGAGUCCCAUAACCGUAGCAACUCGGUGGAGAAGAACAUGAAGAAGUGGGAGGAGAUGAAGGCGGGGACAGAAUACGGCCAGACGUGCUGCAUGCGUGCCAAGAUGGACAUGAGCUCCAACAACGGCUGCAUGCGCGACCCCACGCUCUACCGCUGCAAGAACCAGCCCCAUCCUCGCACCGGCACCACCUACAGGAUUUACCCCACAUAUGAUUUUGCCUGUCCCAUCGUGGACAGUGUUGAGGGGGUGACCCACGCACUGCGUACCACCGAGUACCACGACCGUGAUGACCAGUACUACUGGCUGAUUGACGCACUGGACUUGAGGAAGCCCUACAUCUGGGAGUACGCCCGCCUCAACCUCAACAAUACCGUCCUCUCCAAGAGGAAGCUCACCUGGUUCGUCAAUGAGGGCUACGUGGACGGCUGGGAUGACCCUCGAUUCCCCACAGUUAGAGGAGUCCUGCGCAGGGGAAUGACUGUAGAGGGCCUCAAACAGUUCAUCGCCGCUCAGGGAGGCUCUAGGUCCGUGGUCAACAUGGAGUGGGACAAGAUCUGGGCCUUCAACAAAAAGGUGAUCGACCCGGUGGCUCCCAGGUUCACAGCGCUGUCAGAGUCUCAGGUCGUUACCAUCUCCAUCCCAGAUGCCAAGGAGGAGAUGAAGGAGGCUGCCAAACACCCCAAGAACGCUGAGGUGGGCAUGAAGGCAGUGUGGUAUGGGCCGAAGGUCUACGUGGAGGGAGCCGACGCACAGACCUUCACCGAGGGAGAGACCGUCACCUUCAUCAACUGGGGCAACAUCAUCAUCUCCAAGAUCCACAGAGACGGCAGCGGGGCGGUGUCGUCACUGGAGGGCCGCCUGAACCUGGAGAACACCGACUUCAAGAAGACCACCAAGAUCACCUGGCUGGCCUCUACUCCCAAAGCCCCAUUCGUCCCCGCCAUCUGCGUCAACUACCAGCACCUCAUCAGCAAACCCGUCCUGGGCAAGGAUGACGACUUCAAGACCUACAUCAACGAGAACAGCAAAGUUGAGGAAAAGAUGGUAGGAGACCCCUGCCUGAAAGAUUUGAAGAAAGGGGAUGUCAUCCAGCUCCAGAGGCGGGGCUUCUACAUCUGCGAUCAGCCCUACGAGCCAAUCAGUCCCCACAGCUGUAAGGAGAGCCCAUGCGUGCUGCUCUACAUCCCUGAUGGCCACACCAAGGAGAUGCCCACCGCUGGCUCCAAGGACAAGAGCAAGAGUCAGAGCCAGGCAGCUGGCAAAGCCGUGAAAGCAGAGCCAAGAUCACCAGCUAAGGGUAAGGCCAAACCAGCCUCUGCCCCCUCCGCGGCCCCUGCCUCCACCCCCAGUGGUCCCGGGGACGCUGUGGCCGUCUUCAACCGCGUGGUUGCCCAGGGUGAGGCCGUACGUCUGCUGAAGGUAGACAAAGCCCCCAAAGAGCAGGUGGACGCUGCCGUCAAACAGCUGCUGGUGCUCAAGGCCGAGUUCAAGCAGCUCACCGGACAGGAUUACAAGCCUGGCAUGGCCCCGCCCAGUCCCAGCCCGGCCCCAGCACAGAGUGGCCCCGCCCCGGCCUCCACUUCCUGUCCGUUCGCACGUGUUGCCCAGCAGGGGGAGCUAGUGAGGAAGCUGAAAACAGAGAAAGCUUCUAAGGACCAGGUUGAUGCUGCAGUGAAGGAGCUCCUGUCACUGAAAGCAGAGUUCAAGCAGAUCACAGGACAGGAUUACAAACCUGGCAUGGCUCCUCCCACUGCUGCCCCAGCUCCCGCCCCCGCACCUGCAUCUGUCAGCACCUCUGGCGCCUCCCCCGCUGCCUUAUAUGGUAGUGUGUCUGAGCAGGGGGAGCUGGUGAGGAAGUUGAAGACUGAGAAGGCUCCCAAGGACCAGGUGGAUGCUGCCGUGAAGCAGCUGCUGGCCCUGAAGGUGGAGUUUAAGAAGCUCACUGGCCAGGACUACAAACCUGGAGCCCCUCCCACCAGCCCCGCCCCCACACCGUCUGCUCCCGCCGCCACGGCGACAGGGGGUGCCAACGGCAUUUAUGAGCGGGUGUCACAGCAGGGAGAGCUCGUGAGGAAGCUCAAGUCUGAGAAGGCAGCAAAGGACCAGGUAGACGCUGCCGUGAAGCAGCUGCUGGCUCUGAAGGUGGAGUUUAAGAAGCUCACUGGCCAGGACUACAAACCUGGAGCCCCUCCCACCAGCCCCGCCCCCACACCGUCUGCUCCUGCCGCCACGGCGACAGGCGGUGCCAACGGCAUUUACGAGCAGGUUUCACAGCAGGGAGAGCUCGUGAGGAAGCUCAAGUCUGAGAAGGCAGCAAAGGACCAGGUAGACGCUGCCGUGAAGCAGCUGCUGGCUCUGAAAGCGGAGUACAAGCAAAAGACCGGGCAGGACUACAAGCCUGGCGCGGCCCCCGCUGUUGCCCCCACAGCUGCCCCCGCCCCAACACAGGCCGCUGCCCCCAGCCCCGGCCAGCCCAGCUCUCCACAGGCCCAGUCGCUGUUCUCUCAGGUGGCCCAGCAGGGGGAGCUAGUGAGGAAGCUCAAGUCAGAGAAGGCACCCAAGGACCAGCUGGACGCUACAGUGAAGGUACUGCUGGAGCUUAAGGGUCAGUACAAGGCCCUCACCGGGGAGGAGUACAAGCCCGUCACGACCCCUGGGGCCCCCGGAGGGUCCGCUGGCGAGAACAAGAGCCGCAAGGAGCGCGAGAACAAGUCCGAGAAGCAGGAAGGAGGAGGAGGAGGAGGAGGAGGAAAGAAGAAAGGAGGAGAUAAAAAUCACGGCAACAAAGAGGGUGGAGCAGGAGCAGGAGGUGGAGGAGAGGGGCCGAAGAAACAAACCAGGUUAGGACUGGAGGCAAAGAAAGAGGAGAACCUGGCCGACUGGUAUUCGCAGGUGAUCACGAAGGCGGAGAUGAUUGAGUACUACGACGUGAGUGGCUGCUACGUGCUGAGACCCUGGUCCUUCUCCAUCUGGGAGACCAUCAAGGAGUUCUUCGACAGAGAGAUCAAGAUGAUGGGCGUGGAGAACUGCUACUUCCCCAUGUUCGUGUCUCAGGCCGCGCUGGAGAAGGAGAAGUCCCACAUUGCAGACUUUGCCCCAGAGGUUGCCUGGGUAACCAGGUCAGGCAAGACGGAGCUGGCGGAGCCGAUCGCUGUGAGACCCACCAGUGAAACAGUCAUGUAUCCUGCCUAUGCUAAAUGGGUGCAGUCACACAGAGACCUGCCAAUCAAACUCAACCAGUGGUGCAACGUAGUGCGUUGGGAGUUUAAGCACCCACAGCCCUUCCUGAGGACCAGAGAGUUCCUGUGGCAGGAGGGACACACGGCCUUCGCCACUAGAGAGGAGGCUGCUGAGGAGGUGCUGCAGAUCCUGGACCUGUAUGCGCGUGUGUAUGAGGAGCUGAUGGCCAUCCCCGUAGUGAAGGGCAGGAAGACUGAGAAGGAGAAGUUUGCAGGUGGAGAUUACACCACCACAGUGGAGGCCUUCAUCUCUGCCAGUGGCAGAGCCAUUCAGGGUGCCACCUCUCACCACCUGGGCCAGAACUUCUCCAAGAUGUUUGACAUCGUGUUCGAGGAUCCCAAGAAGCCCGGCGAGAAGCAGCACGCCUUCCAGAACUCCUGGGGCAUCACCACUCGCACCAUCGGCGUGCUCACCAUGGUGCACGGGGACAACAUGGGGAUGGUGCUGCCGCCCAAGGUGGCAUGUCUGCAGGUGGUGGUCAUCCCGUGCGGGAUCACCGCGUCUCUGCCGGAGGCUGAGAAGGAGCUCAUCCUGGCCCAGUGCUCCAAGUACCUCGGCAGGCUGCAGAAGGCCGGCGUCAGGGUCCGCGCCGACUUGAGGGACAACUACUCCCCCGGCUGGAAGUUUAACCACUGGGAGCUUAAGGGUGUGCCCAUCAGGCUGGAGGUAGGCCCUAAGGACCUGAAGCAGGGGCAGUGUGUGGCUGUGAGGAGGGACACUGGAGCCAAGAUCACCCUGCCAGAGGCCGACACAGAGAAGAGGAUCACACUGCUGCUGGAGGAGAUCCAGAACAACCUUUACCAGAGAGCUUCUGAAGACCUGAAGAAGCACAUGGUAGUUGCAGACACCAUGGACCAGUUCCAGAAGGACCUGGAACAGGGCAGGAUUGUCCAGAUUCCAUUCUGUGGAGGAAUUGAGUGUGAGGACUGGAUCAAGAAGAUCACUGCCAAGGAUCAGGACCUGGAGCCCGGGGCCCCCUCCAUGGGCGCCAAGAGCCUUUGCAUCCCCUUCCAGCCCCUGAAGACGCUGCAGCCCGGCCAGAUGUGUGUGAGCGGAAAGGAGCCGGCCCAGUAUUACACGCUGUUUGGCCGCAGCUACUGAGAGGCCCCAGGGAGACGGGACAGAAGCACUACGUAGCACUAAACUCAUUGGUCCCUCCCCAGGAUCACUCCUCCCCUCCCCCCGUGGCCAGGGAUGGUGAGGGGUGUGUGUGUGUGGGGGGGGGGGGGGACACAAAGUAACCUUUACCCAGUUCUUAAGCCUAACUGCCCUCAUUCUAAAACUCCACUGCAUCCCAACAAUGCUUAUUUCUUUUUUGGGGGGGGGGCGGGAGCUCUCCACCCUUCUUUCUCAUUCUCCUGUCCCUCUCUCCUAAUAACCUCAGGACUGUUCCAGGCGUCAAAGCUGGACCGCUGUCUUGGGGAGGGACGCACUUUCUUAUGUAGUUCCUGUCCUUAGAGGAGUUAACCACAAUGCAAUAUGUUUUGGUAUCAGUAGGAACGUGUCCUCACUGCUUCUAAGAGUCUUGUGUCUGAGACUAUCAGGAAAAUGUUUCAUUGCCGCCUGUGCUGGGGACCUCUGUCUGUAAUGAAAUGAAUAAAGGGAUUAUGAAUUUUAUUCUGGUUUCUGUUUUGUCCUUCAUCAAACACAGGAUGUUCCUUAAAUGAUAUACUGAAUAUCUGAGGCAAUAAUUUGUUACAAUUCAAUGGUUGUGUUGUUCACAUGGCCUCCAAGUUAUCAGUGUUGGGAAGAAAGGAAAUGUUUCAUGGACCUUAACAUGCACUUGAUUUGAUCAGAGGCCUUCCUGUUCUGUAUUUGAAACAAUUUGUUACAGUCCUCUCUUCAGUGCAGUAUGGCUCCAGGCUCUAUUAUGCAAUAUCUGCUUCUGGCACGCCCAGGAAGACCCUCUGUUCAUUGGAAUGUCAUAAGCAUGCGCACUGUCCGAAAAUGCCAUAUUAAAAGUUUGGUCACAAUACCGGUAGUUUCAGUUUCUUAAAGAGUGCUUUGCCAAGCAUACAGCUGUAAACGUUAAACCGAGGCAAGACACUGCAUACCUGACAGGCAGGUGACAAGUCGACAUUCCUGCUGCUCGCGUGCGUCACUGGGCACGUUCAGGGGGCGGGCACUACACACCCAGGGCGGAAGCGAGCUAAUGUAUUGGAUCGAUUUGAUUUCUCUGAACACACCUGGGUCGAGCCGGUUUAAGGUGUGCAAAGUCUGCUCUCAGAGCGUCGAGAACAGCUUAACAGACAACAACAAUAAAGAGGAUGCUGGAGUUCCCUGCUUCGUAAAAGGAAGGAAGUGCUCCAAAUUCAUACCCUGAAGACAAUGAGCACUCCCUGUUGGUUUUUGGGUCAGAAACUCGAACAAGAAACCAAGACAGCAACACAUUCAAAGCAGAAAGAGCAGCUCGUAGUUGUUCACUAGAAAACACCUAUAAUGGCUGUGGACCAAUUACAUAGUAUAACCACUGAGCAGUUGGGAGAUUUUGAGGACUGGUCGAGCGCCACCUCAUCAGAUGGUUGCCUUGGCGACUGGAGUGAUUUUCAUGAAGGAGAUAGACCUACUUCACCUGUUCAUGCUCAGAGCACAGAACCAUUGGAACACUCCUCAAAGUCUACUACGUCUGUGCCGAGCGGCGAUGCUCUGAAUGUGUGGGGAGUUUUCCGUGAGUGCUUCCCGCCUGAGGUCCUGCCCAGCGAGCCUGUCGACCUUGACACACCAACCCUGUCAGAGCUGCUUAGGAGCCCCUCGCACACACAGCCACAGCCAGGAGACCUUAGCAGUGGGGCAGUAAGUGUGUGUGGUCGUCUGCUAUGUGAGGGAAGCUCAGUGAGGUUGUCGGGACCCAAGCCCUGCGUACACUCCAUCUCCCAGCUCAUCAACACAUUACCUCUGGUGGACCCAAAGACACACAACACAGAGGACAUGACUCUCCCUGACAUGGAGUUAGAGAAAACUGAAGACCCUCCGGCUACACUCAUACAGACUAAGCUACUGGCUCCAUCCUGUUGCCAUGGAUCCCCACCCUUCCUGUACCAGGUGUCCCUGCGGUGGCUUAGGCAGUGCAACAUCCAGUUACAGGCCCACAAACAUGGCAAAGGCCUCCUGCAGUGAGACCCACACAGGCAUAUACACCGACAUGACAAAGGCCUUCUAUGCGACAGGUGUGUAUAUUAGCAUGGUGAAACGCCCAGCGAAGACCCCAACAUAAGGCCUUCUGCUCAGAGACCUGUGGUUGGUGCCAUGCGCUCACAUGGCAGAGGCUACUGGCAUAGGGAUACAAACCAUUUUGGGUUUCUUAUGGAAACCCAAGCAAUAGUCAUAUUCUUGUUUACCUACCUGCCUUACCGGACCUCAUUGGUGCAUACUCGUAUACACAGAACACAGAAACACACAUUCAAAUACAGUAUGUACCCAUUCACCUACACAUUCUUUUGGUAACCAAAGACAGGAGUGGGGCCAGUCCUUUGCCCUGAAAAUCUAGCUGGACUGAAAACUCAUUCAGGAGUGCAUUUCCCAAAUGCGUCAUUGAGCAACCACCGUGUUCACUAACAGAGAGAGAGGGUGUUCAAAAUGAUAGUCUCUCUAUAAUUUAACAAUGGCAGUUGAUCACCAACGCUUUCGGGAAACGCACCCCUGGAUCGGUUUUAGCCAUCAUUUACACUUGUCAUCCACAUCUGAUCAUACCAGUCCAAUUCAGAUCACAGUUGUGGUAGAAAUCUCUCUUUUUUUUUUUUUUAUUUAGAUAAACUCGAACACACACAGUAAAAGUUUAAACAUUUUUGACCAACUUGCAAGUGGAGACAGUCAGUCAGUGAGUCCAAGAAUAGACAACACACACAACUUUUAUAUUAUUCAGUGAAAACACGACAGAUUUUUCAAUGGAAAGUUACUAUUGGGCUGUAAGGCCUGUCGGUAUAAGACAGCACCUGGGUAGCAGAGUUGCUCAAGGACAUAGCUUGUUUUCCAAAACUUGAAGGGAGAAGUUUAGACCCAGACAGAGAGGAGAAGGGAGGAGAAUCACCUGUGCCAUGCUGACCACCUUAUCUCUCAUCCAUGGAGUGUUCCAGUGCAGAAUACAAUAUCAAAACUGUGUGGUAACAAAGGAAAAACUUGAAAACUUUGCAUGUACAAUUUGCAUCUGCACAAUUAACUCUUUAAAAAUUCCAUUACAAACUCAAGGGGACUUUUCUCUUCAGCUGUUGCAUCCAGCUGUGAAUUGGAUAUUUUAUGACGAAUACUGACAUUGAGUUUACAUUGAGAUCCAGUCUCAGUGUGUGCCUAAUCGGGCAACCUUACUGCUGGACACCUACACACUCUGGCGUUUCAACACCUGUGUUUGUAAUAGAAAUGUGGGGCCAGAGCAGCUAAAUGAUGUCUGUCUCAGUUGGGCUCAAAUAAACUGAAUCCAAUUUAUCAUCUUGUAAUCAGGAGGGUAGAUCGUCAGGGAGAGGACUGCACUCAAAUGCUAGACUGUUUUUACUUCCCUGACCUGAAUGAAGGUUUCUACCCAAGGCUUUUUAUUUUUGCAGUACACAGAGGCAUAAGGACUUGUGAUUCUCCAUGUCUGAACCUAGAUACAUAGAUAAAGUACUUUAUUUAUCCCCAAAGGGAACUUUUCACUGGGCACAGAACUUUUCACUGGGCACCGUGUUAAAUGGCAAUGACUAUCACAAGCAUGAACUAAAUGCAUAGCUAUGUGUGAAUGUGAGUUAUUUAUAAUCUUUGCGUUACAUUUUUUUAAUAACCUUUGGAUAGCUUUGAAGUCCUGUGUGAUUUGAUAGCAAGAGAACAUGUACACUAGAGUGCCUUAGUGUGAGUGAAAAUGAAAUGAAUCUGAUUGUUUAAGACACUUUUGUGAUUUUAAGAUGAGAAUGUUAUUUGUAAGAUAUGUUAAUGUAUUUAUUAAAAAAAUAAAUAUUUCUUAUAACGAA